AUGACCGAAUCAUCAAAGAAAAGAAAAAAAACGACGAAUUCCCAACCUAACCAAACUGUUGUGUCCCGUGGCCUUAUUGAUGCAAACUGGCAAAAAUUCUUAUCAAGCAGCCUUAUAAUGGAUAAGAAGACCGAGAAACCAGCACAGGAAGUUAACAAAGAUCAUUACACUGGGUCAUAUAGACGUACCAGAAGAAAAAGAGCGAAAGACCACGAUAUACUACAGAAUAAUUUAAAAACACUAAACUUGACAUCUAACAAUGAUACCUUAGUCAAUGGCAUAGAAUUAAAAAAUAAAUUCAGCGAUCUAAAUAAUGACGUUAGUAGUGAUGUGACAAAAGUUACUAAAGAAGUGAUUCCAAAAGAAACUAAAUCUAAAAAUAGAUUGACAAAGUUUUUAGCUAUAGAUUGUGAGAUGGUCGGAGUAGGUUAUGAUGGGAGUGAUCAUAUGCUAGCCAGGGUCUCUAUAGUGAACAAAUUCGGCGAUUGUAUCUAUGAUAAAUUUGUGAAAGCCCGAGAAGAAGUAAAAGACUAUCGUACAAAUAUCAGCGGAGUCAGAAAAGAAGACAUGAUGAACGGCGAAGAGUUUAACACAGUACAAAAAGAGGUUGCAGAACUUAUAAAAGGAAGAAUAUUAGUUGGGCAUUCUUUGAAGAAUGAUUUGUCCGUUUUGUUCCUAUCGCAUCCUAAACGUAACAUAAGAGACACAUCAAGAUAUAAACCCUUUAAAAAGAUUACCAAAGGCAGCACACCAUCGCUGAAGCGCCUGGCGAAGGAGCUGCUCGGUAUUGAUAUACAAUCUGGUGAACAUAGUUCUGUGGAAGACGCUCGUGCGGCCAUGCAGCUAUACUGCAGCGUAGCUAGACAAUGGGAGCCGCAGAUUGCAGAUAAACGCGGGAAACGAAAAGUUUCACCUGAUGAUUGA